AUGUCCAUCAAGACAGUAGCCGUCGUUGGUGCCUCAGGCCUCGUCGGCCUCCGCGUCGUCAAGUCCCUCCAGGACCACGGCUUCACCGUCACAGCCAUCUCGCGCACCUCCUCAACAGCAACAUUCCCCGCGGGCGUCGCGGUCCGCAAAGCCGACCUCGCCUCGGUCGAGUCGCUGACCGCCGCGUUCGCGGGCCAGGACGCCGUCGUCUCGGCCAUCUCGACCGUCGCUGCCGUGGUCAAGGGCGCGCAGGACCCGCUCGUCGACGCCGCCGUCGCGGCCGGCGUGAAGCGCUUCAUCCCGUCCGAGUACGGCCUCAACACGCGAAACCUCAAGGGCGAGAUCCUCGGCGACUGGCUCAUUGCCAAGACCGAGGCGGUGGACUACCUGAUUGAGAAGGCGAAGGCGCAUGAGGGGUUCACGUGGACUGGGAUCGGCACGAGUUUGUUCUUUGACUGGGUGAGUUAUCCUCUUUUGCUGGCUUUGAGUGAUCUGCUGACGGUGGACGGGCAGAGCAUCACCCGCGGCAUCUACGGCAUCGACCUCGCGAACAAGAGCAUCGACAUCUUCGACUCGGGCAACCAGAAGGUGUCGACGACGUCGCUGGUCUUCCUGGCCGAGGGCAUCGCGGCCGUGCUGAAGCACCCCGACGAGACGGCCAACCAGUACAUCAACAUCAUCGAGUUCGACGUCACGCAGAAUCAGCUGCUCAAGCUGUUCGAGGAGGAGACCGGCGCCAAGUGGACGGUGAAGCACAAGACCGCCGAUGAGGUCAACGAGGAGGGCAAGAGGAAGCUGGCGGCCGGCGGACGGUUCCCGUUUGAGGAGUUCCUCAUCAAGUAUCAUUUCGCUGACGUGCCCGGCCACUCUAUUCCGGAAGAGGGCAAGGCGAAUAAGGUGCUGGAGCUGCCGCAGAGUGACCUGAGGGACUUCGUGAAGGGGUACAUCAAGGAGAACAGCAAGUGA